AUCCUUUACUUCAGAAGGAAUUUAGAUGAAUUAUUACUUCUGGUUUUGAAGGUUAUCUGUCUUGCAGACGGCGAUUAUCCUUCGCGCAUCCAAAUCCAAAUAGCGAAAGGGAUCGAACUUCUUCUGAGAAAGCGAUGAGCGAGGAGACGUUGGGUUCAAGCAGUUCAGGAACAACCAUUGACUCCUCCAACAUUGGUUUCAAGGUAAUGGUUGGGUUUUCUCAGAUCCUGAAAAAGCACGGAUGGAAGGAAGGUACCGGUCUUGGGGUUUCUGAGCAGGGUAGAUUGGAGCCUGUAGAAGCAUACUUGAAGAACAAUAAACGAGGCCUUGGAGUAGAAAAGAAGAACAAAAUACUAAAGACUCUUGAUGCUAAGGAAUCCAAGGAAAAAAGGGACAAGGAAUGUCCACUGUCAAAGAAAACCAAAGCACUUUCUAAAAAGAUGCGGAAGAUGCAAGAAUUAGAAAAGCGUUUGAAGGAGAAGGAAUUUGAGCGGGCCUUUUUUAGGGAGUUCUGGCCGGAUAAUGUUUAGCACAGGCAAUGCAUCUUCUUUUCCCUAUCUGUUCUCUCCCUUUUUGUACAGGUUUUCUACACAAUUUCUACAGUUUGUUUGUAACUUUUAGGUUCAAACCCUAUUUUAGUCUCUGAACUUUUGUACAGGAGGCCGUUAUUGGGCCCUAAACUGAAAAAAUCUUCAUUUUGUUC